GCGAGAUGGAGGCGCAGCGAGAAGGUUAGCGUGGGAGGAGGGAAGCGUGCGGGCUGGGUCGUGGGAGAGUAGCCGGGUGUGACGUAGGAGCCGGCUUUGAAGCCAGGGGUGAAGAGUUUUCCAUGCGGAGACGGGACGGGCGGCCACUGGAGUUCCUUGAGGAGUGGGGAGACGCGUCCCGAACGUCUCUGUAGAAAAACGAUCAGGGCGGCCGAGUGAAGAAUGGCCCGGAGCGGGGGAGAGACGGGAGGCCGGGCCGUCGGCGAGGAGGCCCGUACGGUAAUCGAGGCGGGAGAGGAGAAGCGACUUGUACCGAUUAACGUGUAGCGGUUUGGAUGGAGAGGAAGGGGCGGAUUUUAGCGAUGUCGUGAAGGGGGGACCGACGGGACGGAUCGAAUCCAUUUAGCGAUGGAUCGAACGUGUCCUUUCGGAGCAGCGUGGACCUCCCCCUCCUCGGAGGCUCUCGCGGGGCCUGGGAGCCGAGGGGGACGCGGCCCGGUGUCGGGGAGUCAGAGGCCGGAGGGCUCCGGGACGUCGCCGGAAGGCCACGGGCGGAACGGCCGAGGCCCGGGGAGAAGACGGAGUUCCAAAAUCCAACCCGCGGGCCCGGUUUUAAGAGUGGGCUUUUGUCUGGCGAUUUUACUUUCCUCUGUGCCCAACACAGGGAGCACUGUUUUCCCCUGCCAACGCUGUAGUGGCGGACAGCCUGCCUCGGCAUUCCCCAGCCUGUUUUUAAGGGGCGGAGAUAUACUAGAGACCUUCAGGAAACGGGGCUGCCCUCGUGAAACCGCUGGAAACAUGCCCCAUACUCUCCAAGCGGCAGCUGACCGGGCUGCCCGGGAGGGACUUGGCGAAGGUUGGACGCGCCCUAGUCUGGGAGCCAGAAGGCCGGGGGUGCGGAAGGGCUGGGCCGCUCAUACUGCCGUGUGACCUCGGGCAGAUCGCUUCGCUUCUGGGCCUCGGUCCCUCCUCUGUAAAAUGGGGAUUAAAAAUACGAGCCCCCUUUGAGGCGGGGACCCGCGUCCGACCCCGUCCGCCCGGAUCCGCCCCGGCGCUCGGCACGGUGCCCCGGCAGAGAGUGAGCGCUUAACAAAUUACCGUCCUUACUAUUUUUACCGCCUCCCCCCCUGCCCCGGCCCCUUCUCCCGGCUCUUGGAAGGAAGCGGAGCGCGAAAUCUAGACGUGUUGGGGUUUCCCAAGCCCCCUUAAAAUCCGGGGUUCUGAUCUUCCCUCUGAAAUUACCGCCGGACCCGUUUCCCCGCGUUGCCUCGACGCGGCCAAGGGGAGUUGUCACUUGGCGGUUAACUCCCGGCCAGCCCUCCGCGAGCCGGAAGAACGAGCGGGGCCCCGUAGUCCGAACGGAGCGGUCCGGUAGGACUCGGCUCUUAAUAGCCCUUUUCCCCAGAGCGAGGAGCCGCCGGCGGGGGCCCGUGAGACGGCCCGGCGCGUGCGGAACGUUCGGCCGAUCGUCGGCCGGGCGGGAUUCGGACUCCCAGCCGCCGCCGCCUCCUUCCCUCCCCUCCCGCCCCUCGGCCGCUUCCUCCGGCGGGCCGAGGCGGGAGCCGCGAAUCCCCCCGGAGGGUCGGCGGGGUCGGUCUCUUGCAGAGCGCGGGCGGUCCGACCCGGCCGGCGCCAUGGAAUCGCCGGAGGAGCCGGGGGCCUCCACGGACGAGAACUACUUCGUGAAUUACACGUUCACGGACCGGUCCCACUCGGGCCGGGUGGCCCAGGGCAUCAUGAAGCUGUGCCUGGAGGAAGAGCUCUUCGCCGACGUGACCGUCUCGGUGGAGGGGAGGGAGUUCCAGCUGCACCGGCUGGUCCUCUCGGCCCAGAGCUGCUUCUUCCGCUCCAUGUUCACCUCCAACUUGAAGGAGGCGCACAACCGGGUGAUCGUGCUGCGGGACGUCAGCCAGUCCGUCUUCCGGCUCCUGGUGGACUACAUCUACCACGGGACGGUGAAGCUGCGGGCCGAGGAGCUGCAGGAGACCUACGAGGUCGCGGAUAUGUACCAGCUGAACUCCCUGUUCGAGGAGUGUUCCCGCUUCCUGGCCCGCACGGUGCAGGCGGGGAACUGCCUGCGGGUGAUGUGGCUGGCCGAUCGGCACAGCGACGCGGAGCUCUACACGGCCGCCAAGCACUGCGCCAAGACCCACCUGGCCCAGCUGCGGGCCACGGACGAGUUUCUCCACCUGCCUCAGCACUUGCUCACCGACAUCAUUUCGGACGGAGUGCCGUGUUCCCAGAACCCGACCGAGGCCAUAGAAACCUGGAUCAACUUCAACAGGGAAGAGCGAGAGAUCUUCUCCGAGUCGCUCAGGGCCAACCUGAAGGAGAUCGGGGAGAACGUGCACAUCUACCUGAUCGGGAAGGAGUCGUCUCGCACCCACUCGCUGGCCGUCUCCCUGCACUGCGCCGAGGACGACUCCAUCAGCGUGAGCGGCCAGAACAGCCUGUGCCACCAGAUCACGGCCGCCUGCAAGCACGGGGGGGACCUGUACGUGGUCGGGGGCUCCAUCCCCCGCCGCAUGUGGAAGUGUAACAACGCCACCGUGGACUGGGAAUGGUGCGCCCCGCUGCCCCGCGACCGGCUGCAGCACACGCUGGUGUCCGUGCCCGGGAGGGACGCCAUCUACUCGCUGGGGGGCAAGACCCUGCAGGACACCCUCUCCAACGCCGUCAUCUACUACCGGGUGGGCGACAACGUCUGGACGGAGACCGGCCAGCUGGAGGUGGCCGUGGCGGGGGCCGCGGGGGCCAACCUCAACGGGGUCAUCUACCUGCUCGGGGGCGAGGAGAACGACCUGGACUUCUUCACCAAGCCCUCGCGGCUCAUCCAGUGCUUCGACACGGAGGCGGAGAAGUGCCAGGUGAAGCCCUACGUGCUGCCCUUCGCCGGCCGCAUGCACGCCGCCGUGCACAAGGACCUGGUGUUCGUCGUGGCCGAGGGCGACUCCCUGCUGUGCUACAACCCCCUGCUGGAUAGUUUCACCCGGCUCUGCCUGCCCGAGGCGUGGAGCGCGGCCCCCUCCCUCUGGAAGAUCGCCAGCUGCAACGGCGGCAUCUACGUCUUCCGGGAGCGCUACAAAAAGGGGGACGCCAACACCUACAAGCUGGACCCCGCCACCUCGGCCGUCACCGUCACCGGCGGCGUCAAGGUGCUGCUCACCAACCUGCAGUUCGUCUUGGCCUGAGGCCUCGGCCGGGGGGCGGGCCCCGGCAGGUCCCCGCCUCCGCCCGCCCCGGCCCCCCGCUCACAGACGCCCCGGGCCUUCGAUCUGACCUCUGUCCGUUCCGCCGAGGCGACGUCCCGCCCCCUCCCCUUCCCGCGACUCCGACGGGCCUCGACCGUAGCUUGGCUCGGGACUUUCCCGACCCCUCCUCCCCGCCACCAGCUCGACUAAGGGUCUCUCCCUCCUCUUUCCGACUUCCGGGUCACUCGGGCCUCACGGGACGGUCCUCCUUCUCUGUCCGAAAGGAGAGCUCCCCGGUCCCGAGACCGAAAGGGCCCUCUCCCCUUCCCGGGCCGGGGACUGGCAGCGUCGGUGGGGCGGAGGGGCGUUUCUCAAGUAAGGCCCCCCCGCCUCGGCCGUGGGGGUAAAACUAUCGCUCGGGGGGCGGGGGUUCCAUUUGACGUUCUUGACCCCUCCACAGGGCCCGUUGGGCUGCCCCGGGAGCCUGGAAAUUUCCUCCAGCGUCUUUUCAGCCCUCGGAAAAUAAACCUUACUUUUGAAUUUCUCA